AUGUCGACAGAAUUAGUUGAAGAACAAAGAAAAUUUGGAGCCAGUGCCAAAAAAUAUAUAGAAAUAUAUUUUAGGCGGAAUAUAAACCAAGUCUUUGGUUAUUACAAACAUAAAAAUUUUGCUUAUGGUCGCAUUGGUGUUGACAAGCAGAGAAUGGAAAGGCUAUUAACUGUGCCAAAAAGGGAACAAGAG